AACAAAACACCAUUACGUCCAACCAUGGAGUCAAAAAGGCCAUUGAAGCCGUCGCGGAUACCCGGCCGUAAGGGAAACAAGCUGCUGAAUGUUCGCCAGUCUCGCUCAUCAAUAUCAGAUAAGGCUGAGUCCGUGGUAUCGGGGUGGGUGAACGGGAUCAAGAACGCGUGGAAGAAAGCGAAGGGUGAAUAUGAGGAGUACAUCGAAUCAGCAACACAAUCAGCAACAAAGAGGAGGGCUCCAGCCCCGGAUAUCCCAGAAGAGCGUCCAGCGAAGCGAAUGGUUGUGAGCAAGCGCGCAUCGCUGUCAUCCCUGAUCGAGAAACAGCCCCCGAGAACAUCUACAUCGACAGACGAAAAAGCGCAGACCACAGAAACAUCAUCAGGACGCGACCACGAUAAACCAUCAGAAGAGCGCCCAGUUGCGGAGCCUGUAUCACGGAAACCGAAGAUCCCAAACCGACACCGAUCCAAUUCCAAGGAAGUCGAAACUCAAACCGAACAGCCACGACGAGUGAAACUCGCGUCCCCAGUUCGUCCAUCAGUACAGAAUCAACGUGAAGACUAUAGCUCGAAACGCCACCCAGCUGCUGUCCAAACGCAGGAAGCUCCGCAGCCGCAACAAGCAGUCGAACAGCCGAAAACCGCGCCUACUCCUGAGAUGCAACAAGUCAAUUACAGCCUGGGUAUCCCUCCAUCAGCCUCUUGGCGCAAUAGUCUGAAGGUUGAUGACUCAACGCCUCUACCUCAUGUUCGAACACGAUCACACGAAGACAAUGGAUCUACAUUACGGCCACGAGAGACAACGCGCGACCUCAUCGACAGCGAAAGCGGUUCGAAGUCCAUUCAGAGGCUGGAGAAAGAGCUACGGGAGGCAAAAGCACGAAUUGAAGCUCUAGAACGGAAGAAAAAAGCCGCAAGAGCCGAAGUUCUUGUGCAACCCGCGAUUACAUACCCACGCAUUCAUAAGCAACAGGAGCAGCCCCGGAGGUCGCCAUCACCAAAACCGUGGCCGCCACAGCAAGACGCCGAAGCCGAUAGAAUCAUCUUUGCAAGCAACAGUACUGCUCACGAACUUCCGGAAGUUACCGUGACUGGGUAUGAGCAGACUGCUGAGGACAGUGACAACUACGAAGCUUUCUCGCCGGUUCAAAUCACGGCGCCCAUGUUUCUGACCCAGGACUUGCCGUCAUUAUUCGCGCCUCAUCAACCCGAAUUUGCACAAGAUUAAAGUGAGAGGUGGUCUACAGUUGUGAAAAAGUAUUGUCUAGAGGAAGGCGUGUUGGUGCGGAGGGCAGGAUUCCGGCGUUUUUCAUUGAUGGGCUGUUCCAAAUACUUAAAUUAUAGACGUAUAUCAUAAUACCACAAGUUGUCGC